AAAUAAAAUCAAUGAACCAAUAGAAUAUAUUUUGUUUUUUACUGCGUGAUGAGAAAUUACUUUGUAAAGGGAAGCAAUCGAAAACUGUUUUGCUUAGUUACAAUAGAUUUUAAAAAUUUGUGAAGUUUUGCUGUGAAAAGUGAAUGUUACUUCACUAGUACAAUUACAAAGAUAAAUUAGAAUGCCGGUGACUUUGAGAUGCAAAUGUGUUAUUGUUGGGGAUGCAACUGUUGGGAAAAGUUCAAUAGCUCAAGUCUUUCACAGUGAUGCUGCACAUUUUCCAAAAAAUUACACAAUGACAUUGGGUGUAGAGUUAUUGGUAAAGCCAGUGAAUAUACCAGAAACUACAGACAGUGUGGAAAUCUAUUUGUAUGAUUUAGCUGGGAAAGAUACAUUUACAGAAAUACUUGACAAAUAUUGGGAUCAGCCUUCAGUUGUAAUGGUGGUCUAUGACUGCACAAGUGAGACAUCAUUCAAUAACUGUACAAAAUGGUUAGAAAAGGUUCGAUCUCAGAAUCCAAAUAAAAAAAUUCCUGGUGUCCUUAUAGCAAACAAGACAGAUUUAGAUCAGAGAAGAGUCAUCAGCCCAAAGGUUGGAAAAGAGUUUGCACUGUCAAACAAACUGGAAUAUUUUGAAUGUUCUGCUAAAGAAAUGCAAAAUGUGGACACACCUUUUUUCUACUUGGCUAAUGAAUUUCACAAGUUGUACCAGGAGCAAGUUGAACUGUUUUCAACACUAAAUUAAUUUAAUUAAUCGAUUUUUAGAUAAACUGAAUGCAUUUUGAAAAAAAAAUUCUUAUCCUUUAAUUAUUUAUAGUCCAACUUGGUCUGAAAAAGAAAACUGUUUUAAAAACAUUUUAAAAACUUUUUAAAAACUAUUUUAAAAUAUUUCAAUCCAAGUUUAAUAUAUAUUUAAAAAUUCAUUAGCUAUAUAAUAUAUUGGUUUUUUUUUUAAUUUAAAAAGCAGAUAUUUCAAAUUGAUCAAGAUUUUCCUCAAAACAUAAUUAUUUUUAGGUUUUUAAGUUUAAUAUGUUUAAAAAAAUUAAUUUAAAUAAUCAUAACUGUAUAUAGUUCUUUUUUGCAUUAUGUUAUGCAUUAUUUCUAUUCACAAAUUAAUGUAAAUAAAAUAACUUAUCAAUGAUUUUGUACUUCAAAAUUUUGUUUUUGCCAAAGUUGUACCAUAUUUUCAAAACAUUUCAGCACUUUUUAAGCCCCCUUAUUUUCUACUAGUGAUGGAUUCUUGAAAUCAUAAUGCCAAUAAUGAUAAAUGAGUCUGUUAUGAAAAGUUGUUCAAAAUAAUGCAUCAUUGUUCUUGGACUCUUGUAAGACCAAAGGGUUUAAUAAAUAAUAACAUUUUGAAAAUU